CUCCUAUUUCUUUAUUGUUUUUCUUUACUUUCACUAAAAGUGGAGAAAAACCCCGAAACAAAAUGUAAAAUAAUAGGAAUUCAAGGAAAACAAAAAAGACUAUGAUUUGAUGAUUAUAUUCCAUUCUUUGUUUAAGAUCUCCAUGUUAUGUUGUCAACCCAUAUCUUUUCCCUUAUUAGUUUGAUCUUAAUGUACGCAGAAUUCAGCCAGAUUUCCCUUCUCACCAUGUCCAAUUCAGAGCUGAUCCUUGUUAAUAAAGACGAUGAUCAGAAAAGGAUCGUGAAACGACCGCCCUUGGAGUUUCAAGACGAGUGCUGCUGUGAAGCUACAGCCAUUUAUAAUUAUCCUUCAAAUGAUAUUCCCGGUGAUGAUGAUCGAGAACCAGCAGUAGUGCAAGAUGAUGAAGAGAAAAAGGGAAUCGAAAAGGACAAGAAGAAACAUAUAUGUUCAGGAGAAUUGAAGGUAAGGGUUGAUGAUGAUGAUGAUGGGUUCAAGACCCCGACGUCUAUGGACCAUAAAAUCCCAGAGAAGAAACAAUGCCCACCUGCACCAAGAAAGCCAAAGGCGAAUAAAAGAAAAGCAUCGCCCAGUGCAAGCAUAUGCAGUGUUUCAGAAGAGGUUGAGUCCUGGUUUGCUGCCUCACUUGUUGAUGAUUUACACCGUAAGAUGAAGAAAGCUCGAACGCAAGAGAAUGGAUCAUGUUAAUUUGUUUGUAGCAUCAUAUCAUGUAUACAUAUCAGUUUAUCUAUAUUCGGUAAGAAAUAAUUUUAUGUAAAAUGAGAACCAUAUGGUAUAAUAAUAUUCCUAUAAUGGGGAGUGCAUGCAGCAUGGUAUCGCUUGAAAUUAAAUUGUUAAGUAUACCAGUUCCUUCAA